AUGGACAACAAUAACACUACUUUAUUGCUCCAAUUAUUAACAAAUCCAAGUGCUUUACAACAAACACUUGCAACUAUUACACAAAGCCAGCAACAAAGUUCGUCUAUACCUGAAACUACUUUGCCAGUACUAUCUAAUGCUAUUAUUGGAAUUGUUAAUACAGCGGCAAACGAUAUAAAAAAAAUAAAGGCAAAGAUUGGAAAGAUUUUCUUAACUUGUUGUAUGAUACAUAUUGGUCCUAUCGAAAAUCUUUGCGAUCGGUUAAACUCAUACUGCCAAAAAGGAAAAUAUGCAUCAGAACAAGAACAAGGAAUUGUUCAAAAAGUUAUAGAGAAA